UAUGUAAACAGGAUAAGAUGAUAUUGUAGACGAGCUUGCAUAAUUGAAAAUACAGAGAGCUAAAAGAAGACAAAGAAAAGAGUGGGAAUUAAAGAUGAUGGGCAAAUGCAUUUCUUCGCUGAUUUAUGCAUACAUUGCAGGAAUAAUUAUAACAGGAUUGAACUACUUAUUAGUAAUUAAAGUUAUCAAACAAUUAGUUGGAAAAAAGCUUUAAAUAUGAAGGAAUUGUUGAGGACAGCUGUUAAGAUUUUAAAACACUCAAAUCAGUGAAUGAUCAAAUAUUCCCUCUAUUGGAUGAAUUGACUGUAAAAAUAAGUAUCGAAUUUAUAGUACAAAAAAUAUUUUAAGAUCUUCAGAGUCAAUUUAGAAAAUGAUUGUCCAUUCUCUAUUGGGGAAUAUAUUUGCACAAGUAAAAAAUGUGUAAUUUGCACUUGUAACACAUCAGAAGUAAUAAGGCUAAUAUAUUCAAGAUUCCAUCCAAUUGGUUGUCCCCAGUAUCCUCCCCAAUUAAUUAGCCAAAGGAUGAUUUCGCAUUCUGGGAGUCAGAAAGAUAUCUAUGUAAUUUCAUUAAAGAGUUGUAGCUCCCUCUGAAUGGAUAUGGCAUGUUGAAGAUAUCGAUAAUGACAAGGGUGUCUAUGUUGAUUUGAAAUUAAAUCCUGAAGCCUUUACAGGAUACUAAGGACAACACAUUUGGGAUGUUAUAUACAAAGAAAACUGUUACUAAGGUUCAUUGAAUGAAAUGUGUAGAGAGAAGAGAGCAUUGAAUAAAUUAAUUUAGGGAUUGCAUACUUCGAUUUCGACUUAGUUGAGUGAGUUUUAUGUUGAUUUAUCAACAAAUAAAACCUAUCCAAAUUAUUCAUUAUAUUUCGAAAGAGUAGGUAAUCAUCCUGAAAGAAUUCGAAACUUGUUCUUUAUAUAUUCAGUUCUAUUAAGAGCAGUCAUAUUAGCAUCUCCUGGAAUUCAAACACAUGAUAUAAAUUCUAUGUCUUUUGAAGAAGAUACUAGAUCUAAAUAUCUAUUGAACGCUAUCUUAUCUCUAGGAAAUAACUAAUGCUCUAAACCUUUUGAUGAAUAAUAAUUCUUCAAUUAAAUAACAUUUGUAAUUUAUUAAACAUUAUUAUUAUUAGGAUUAAAAGAAGGAUUACCAAAGAUAUAUUCAUAACAUAAGUAGAAUUAUGGAUUGUGUGGAAUGUCAAAAAUGUAGAGUAUUUGGAAAGAUGCAAACAUAUGGGUUGGGAACAGCAUUAAAAAUUCUAUUUUCUGAAUCUCCAAGUGAAUUUUCAGGAAAAUUGAAAAGAAAUGAAUUGGUUGCUUUAAUAAAUACAUUUGGAAAAGUGUCAAGUUCUGUUAAAUCAAUAGAUCUGAUGUUUGAGAGAAGAACCAAAUAUUAUUAAAAUCUAAUCUUAACAAUCACUAUUAUUGGAGGAGUUUUCAUAAUAUUUAUGGUGGCUAUGAGAAAAAUUUACUCGGAAAUGGACAAGAAAAUAUAAAAUAUGUUUAGAGGAAUGCCUUCUGACAACCCUUAAAAAACUAAUAGAAACACUAAGAGUAAACGGGAUUGAAUUAAAGCAUA